UGGAGGGCCGGGCGCAGCGGCCUCGGCCGGGGCGGGCGCAGGGCCGAGCGGACGGGGGGGCGCAGGCCCCCCGGGCGGCCGCGGCCACUCCCCCCUCCCCCCCCCACCCCGGGUCGGCGCGGCGGGGGAGGCGGAGGAUGGAAACACCCUUCUACGGCGAUGAGGCGCUGAGCGGCCUGGGCGGCGGCGUCAGUAGCAGUGGCGGCGGUGGUAGCUUCGCGUCCCCGGGUCGCCUGUUUCCCGGGGCGCCCCCGACGGCGGCGACUGGCAGCAUGAUGAAGAAAGACGCGCUGACGCUGAGCCUGAGCGAGCAGGUGGCGGCGGCGCUCAAGCCCACGGCCGCGCCGCCCCCGGCCCCCCUGCGCACCGACGGCGCCCCAGGCACGGCGCCCCCCGACGGCCUCCUCGCGUCGCCCGACCUGGGGCUGCUCAAGCUCGCCUCGCCCGAGCUCGAGCGCCUCAUCAUCCAGUCCAACGGGCUGGUCACCACCACUCCGACGAGCACUCAGUUCCUCUACCCCAAGGUGGCGGCCAGCGAGGAGCAGGAGUUUGCCGAGGGCUUCGUCAAGGCCCUGGAGGACUUGCACAAGCAGAACCAGCUGGGCACGGGCGCGGCCUCCGCAGCUGCGGCCGCCGGGGGACCCUCGAGCACGGCUGCGGGCACCGCGCCUCCUGGCGAACUGGCCCCGGCGGCAGCCACGCCCGAGGCGCCCGUCUACGCGAACCUGAGCAGCUACGCGGGUGGCACCGGGGGUUCGGGGGGUGCUGCGACGGUCGCCUUCACCGCCGAGCCUGUACCCUUCCCUCCACCGCCGCCCCCCGGCGCACUGGGGCCGCCCCGCCUGACCGCGCUCAAGGAUGAGCCGCAGACGGUGCCCGACGUGCCAAGCUUCGGCGAGAGCCCGCCGUUGUCGCCCAUCGACAUGGACACGCAGGAGCGCAUUAAGGCGGAGCGCAAGCGGCUGCGCAACCGCAUCGCUGCCUCUAAGUGCCGCAAGCGCAAGCUGGAGCGCAUCUCGCGCCUCGAGGAGAAAGUGAAGACGCUCAAGAGCCAGAACACGGAGCUGGCGUCCACAGCGAGUUUGCUGCGGGAGCAGGUGGCGCAGCUCAAGCAGAAGGUCCUCAGCCACGUCAACAGCGGCUGCCAGCUGCUGCCCCAGCACCAGGUGUCCGCGUACUGAGCCCGCGCGCGGGGCGCAUGCGCGGCCCCCCUCCCGGGGAGGCGGGCUCGAGUUGGGGGUGGACGUGGGCGCCCCGGACUCGGAGAGGGCGCGGUCCCCGGGACACCCCCCCCACACC